AUUUAUUGUGUCGGCAUUUUUCUCGUGCCAAUUUUGUAUUGCAAAUUAUUAAGAAUUUACGUGCUUUGGUGUAAUUGGCAUUACCAAUUGAAUUGUUAAUAAGUAUUAAGUGCUGUGCACAUGCAAAAUGGUCGAGACACUAGAGUACAGCGAUAUAAGCGCCGAAGUUCGCGGUGUUAUGUCCGCAGGGCGUAUAAAGCUAACAGAGCAGAACAUUGUGUUUAAGAACACUAAAACCGGCAAAGUAGACCAAAUUGCCGCUGAGGAAAUUGAUUUGAUAAAUGCACAAAAAUUCGUGGGCACUUGGGGAUUGCGUGUGUUUACAAAAAGCGGCGCACUGCAUCGGUUCACCGGCUUUCGUGACAGCGAGCAUGAGAAGUUGAGUAAAUUCAUCAAGGAUGCCUAUGCACAGGAUAUGGUGGAGAAGGAAAUGUGCGUCAAGGGGUGGAAUUGGGGCACAGCACGGUUCAUGGGUUCUGUGCUAAGCUUUGAUAAAGACACAAAGACCAUAUUUGAGGUGCCACUGUCGCAUGUAUCGCAAUGUGUAACAGGGAAAAACGAGGUGACACUGGAGUUUCAUCAGAAUGAUGAUGCGCCCGUGGGUCUGCUAGAGAUGCGCUUUCAUAUACCAGCUGUGGAGUCAGCGGAUGAAGAUCCUGUGGAGAAGUUCCAUCAGAAUGUUAUGAACAAGGCAUCGGUCAUAUCGGCCUCCGGCGAGUCCAUUGCCAUAUUCCGCGAAAUUCAUAUACUAACGCCUCGCGGUCGCUACGACAUUAAAAUCUUCUCGACCUUCUUCCAGCUGCACGGCAAGACAUUCGACUACAAAAUACCCAUGGACUCAGUGCUGCGUCUGUUUAUGCUGCCACACAAAGACAGCCGACAAAUGUUUUUUGUGCUCUCACUGGAUCCGCCCAUUAAGCAGGGCCAGACACGUUAUCAUUUUCUCGUCAUGCUCUUUGCGCCCGAUGAGGAAACGAGCAUUGAGCUGCCCUUCAGCGAGUCUGAGUUGCGCGACAAGUAUGACGGCAAGCUGGAGAAGGAGUUGUCGGGUCCCGUCUAUGAAGUUAUGGGGAAGAUUAUGAAGGUGCUUAUUGGUCGCAAGAUCACCGGACCGGGCAACUUUAUUGGCCAUUCUGGCACAGCAGCUGUGGGCUGUUCCUUCAAGGCCGCUGCUGGUUAUCUGUAUCCGUUAGAGCGUGGUUUCAUCUAUAUACAUAAGCCACCGUUGCACAUCCGCUUCGAGGAAAUUAGCACCGUGAACUUUGCACGAGGCGGCGGCUCAACGCGCUCGUUUGACUUUGAGGUGACGCUAAAGAAUGGCACCGUCCACAUAUUCUCAUCCAUUGAAAAGGAGGAGUAUCCCAAGAUGUUUGAUUUUUGCUCCCAACGCAAGCUGCACGUGCAGAACAUGGGCAAGGAUAAGGGUGGCUACAAGGACAUUGACUUUGGCGACUCGGAUAAUGAAAACGAACCGGAUGCUUAUCUUGCGCGUUUAAAGGCCGAAGCGCGUGAGAAGGAAGAGGACGAUGAUGAUGGCGAUGACUCAGAUGAAGAGUCCACCGAUGAAGAUUUCAAGCCCAAUGAGAAUGAGUCUGAUGUGGCUGAGGAGUACGACAGCAAUGCAUCAUCAUCGGAUAGCGAUAGCGAUGCCAGUGGUGGUGGUGGUGGAGAUGGUGGCAGCGAUGGUUCACCGAAGAAAAAACACAAAGAGAAAUCUCGUGAAAAGAAGGAGAAAAAAGAAAGGAAGCACAAGGAGAAGGAACGCACGAGAAAAACUAGCAAGAAGAAGGACUCGAAUAGGCCAAAACGCGCCACCACAGCCUUUAUGCUAUGGCUUAACGAUACACGCGAGACAAUCAAGCGCGAUAAUCCAGGCAUUAAGGUGACUGAAAUUGCUAAGAAGGGCGGGGAAAUGUGGAAGGAACUCAAGGACAAAUCCAAGUGGGAGGAACUGGCGAACAAGGAUAAGCAGCGCUAUCACGAUGAAAUGCGUAACUAUAAGCCAGCCGCUGGUGACGGCAGCGAUGAUGAGGGUAACUCCAGCAAGUCCAGCAAGAAACGCAAAUCAGACACAUCGCCGACGAAGAAGGCCAACACCUCAGGUAGCGGCUUCAAGAGCAAGGAAUACAUAUCCGAUGAUGAUUCUAGCAGCUCAGCGGAGGCUAACAAAACGGCCAGUGAGCCAGAGAAAAAGAAAAGUAAGUCAGGCGAUGAUGAACAUAGUGACAAGGAGACUAAAAAGGCAAGCGAUAACGAAGCCAGUGAUGAGGAGAGCAAUGCCAGCGCCAGUGAUGAUGAGGAUGACGAUGAUGAUUCAGGCAGCGAUUAAAUUAUUGAUUAACUCUAAGCAUACACACAUUCUCUUACAUUUAUUACUAUAUACUAUAUGUAUGUGUAGACUAAGAAUUUUUUGUUAGCCUCUGGCAGUUGUAAAAUGAUUGCUGGCCGAGAAAAUAUUAUAUUUUUUCCAUUAAACACCACACAUGUCGAUAUAAA